AUGGCGCGUACGCAAACCGAGACUUUGCCUUCGCAGUCAGCCAACGAGUUGCCUCAUCAGUUGACUCCCACAUCGACGAUGGAGCUCGAACAAUUAACAGGAUCUCAGCAAACCAAUGUUGCCCAACGAGAGGAUGUACCGCCGGAUGGAGGGUACGGCUGGGUGGUUGCAGCUUGCGUGUUCCUGAUCAAUGCCCACACAUGGCGUGUCAACUCGGCUUGGGGUGUUUUCCUCGCAUACUACCUCUCCAACGACACCUUCAAGGGAGCAACGCAUCUCCAGUAUGCAUUAAUCGGCGGUCUGUCGAUCAGUCAAUCUUUACUAGUACCGCCACUUGUUUCUCUUUGCAAUGAGAAGCUAGGAACCAGGGUCUCCCUUCUCAUCGGCACUUUGCUGGUUUCGACAUCAAUGUUAAGCUCGUCAUAUGCUACGCAGGUUUGGCAUCUGUUUCUGAGCCAAGGAGCUUGCUUCGGCUAUGGCAUGGGCUUCCUGUACAUAACAGGGUCUGCAGUACUUCCACAAUGGUUUUCGAAGCGGCGCAGUCUUGCUGUUGGCCUUGCCUCGUCCGGAGCUGGUAUUGGUGGGCUUGCUUAUAAUCUUGGCGCUGGAGCUGGCCUUGAAUCCAUAGGCUGGAGGAAGACUUACGUCGUACUAGCAAUUACCACGCUCGUCGUCAAUCUCACUUGUGUUGUACUGCUCAAGGACCGCAAUAAGAUGGUGCAGACUUCCAAGAGGGCUUUUGACAUUCGCGAAAUGACUCACGUUUCGACUUGGUUGAUUGUCAUUUGGGGUUGGAUGACGGAGUUGGGGUACAUUGUGCUCCUCUACUCGCUGCCGAACUACGCACUGUCAAUCGGUCUGACGGCUCAGCAAGGAUCCAUCGUAGGGGCAGUGUUGAACCUCGGCCUCGCUCUAGGUCGUCCACCCAUAGGCCAUCUGUCGGACACCUUUGGACGUAUCAACGUGGCUGGCAUCAUGACCGCGUUGUGCGGCAUCUUCAUCUUCGCACUCUGGAUUCCGGCUAAGAGCUAUGCGGUUCUCUUGGUCUUCGCUCUGUUGAGCGGAACUGUAACAGGAACUUUCUGGGCGACCGUGGUCCCAGUCACAGUCGAGAUUGUGGGCAUCAAGCGUUUACCACUAGCGUUCGGAAUGAUUUGUCUGCCGUUGGUAAUUCCUACGACUUUUGCUGAAGGAGUGGCUUUGGAGAUCGUGUCGACCUCCGGCUAUCUCACGGCUCAGAUAUUCGUAGACUUUGCCUAUCUCAUUGGUGCGGCUGCGGUAUGGUGCUUACGUUCAUGGAAAGUGAGGGAGCUCCUCCAAGAUGAAAUGCGAGAACAACAGGGCCAAGCGCCCCUACCGGCCGGUUCGAAAAGGCAGCACGAUUGUGUUUGGCUCACGUCGAAUGGACUCCUCAAGGCCAAGAAGGUCUGA